AUGUCCAGCUCUGCGGGGACAGCAGCCCCGUCCCCGGAUCUUCCCCCGCGGGCCUCAGAGCCACCUUUCGGGGGACACUCAGGGCUCCACGAACGCGAGGAAGCCGAGGCCCGGGGCAGGGGCGCAGGGGUCCCCACAGCACCUUCUCGGUGCCCGCCCUGCCCGCCGGAUGCCAGCCUGAGCAGCUGCCCUGUCCCGGGAUGUGGCCCCCAGGAGAGGGACCCCAGGCCCUGGGGAGCCCGCCUUGUGACACCUCAUGGAAACCACAGCCUCGACCUAGAAACAGGACACGCACCGCUCACAGCAUUCUGCGCCCACGUUCCCUGCGCCCGACGGGCACCACCCCGGGCUCCUAGCGGGAGCGGGGACCCAGCCCCUCCCGGGAGCUCCUGUGCCCUGCAACCCAAGGCACCGUCCGGGGCGCACCAGCCGCAGGCGGGGCGAGCGCGCCCCCUGGAGGCCGCUCGCCCAAAAACACUAACCUUCCUCGCUGCGCCUCCCGCCGAGCUCCGGCGUCCCUCACACAGCAGCCCCGCUCCGCCCCGGAACCUCGCCGGGUCACCCUGUUACACCCACGCAACGCGGUCCUCUGAGAGCCCAGGGGACAGGGCUGGGGGCUUCGGGACGCCACGUACCCAAGAGGUCCGGAAGGCGCUGUGUCCGGGGCCCGGCCUGUGCAUAGCGGCUUCCCCCAUCUCCCCAUCUGCCCGUCGCCCUGGCCUUACAGACUCCAGGAAACCCGGGGUGUCUCCGGGACUCUGCGCGGCGCAGGAGCAAAUUUACCGAGGAGACAAGGACAUGUGGGCCCAGAGAGUGGCGAUGGCUGGCCUCACGUCACACAGCACGCCAGGACUACAUUUUAUCUCCUGCACCUGAUUCCGCCUCUGGGGCCUGUCCCCUCAGCGCAGGGCCGGCCACGGGGCUGGUGGCCCAGGGGUUGAGGGAGUAGGUGGAAGGGGCCUAGAGAUUUGCUGAGAGCAGCUCCCAGGGCCAGGAAAGAGACGGGCAGCCUGCAGUGCCGGGCGGAGGAGCGUGACCGAGGGAGCGGAGAGGAAGGGUCUGGCCUGGCUCUUGCGGCCGGUCCUGGCCACAGUGGGAGACUUCAUUUUCCGGACUCCCCCGUGCCUGCCUUCCCCUCUCCGCCAUUCCCGAGAUGCAGGGCCGCUGGCUCAGCCCUGGAGCCCCGAGCUGUGUCCCCAGGCCCACCCCUGUGUCCCCACGCCUGGUGCUACCUGGGACCAAAGGCCAGGACUCCGUCAAAGAGCACAGGCUGCAUCCGGGCCCUGGAGGGGCCGUGAGAGCCGCACGCCUGUCCACAGCCUCAGGGGCCCACGGCCACCCUGCCAGCCCCCUUGUCCCAUCCACACUUUGUUCCAGACCCUGGCCCCUGGGGACUUAGAAAGCUGUCCCCACAAAGUCACACAGUGGGGCCGCACCAGACUCCUCCUGCUCAAACCCCAUCCCCCGGGCCCAGGCGUUUCUCAGAGGGGACAUCGGCCUUCAACCGAGGGCCACAGCCGAGGGGGCCGCACUGUGCAGAUGGGACGCGCAGCCCUUGGACACCUGACGGAGCACAUGGCCUUGCCUGGCACCCGGGACAAGCAGAGGACAGAAGCCUCUGCUCCCAGGUCCCCACGCACCCGGGCUUGCGCUGCCCCUCCGCUGCCGCGCCCUCUGCAGGCUGUGAGAGUGAGGCCUGGUGCUUCCCGGCUGUCCUCCCACCCUGCCUGUGUGCC